AUGACAAUUUUUCUUAUGAAUAUGUUAGUUUCUGUGCUUAACGAGUCCUAUGCUGACGCCAAAACGCGCGCAGAGGAAAGUGCGGAGGAGCUUGAAAUGGCACGCUUUAUUGGGGAACGAUUCGAGGAAGUUCUAAAAGGGAACAAAAAGCGGCCCGAAUUUAAAUUAUAUUUUGAUGACGCAACGUUCAUGAACAUAUGUCAGUCAGAAGCAGAGCCCUUCUGUUUAAAUUCUGAAAGUAUUCUGCAGUGUACAGAGAGCAGAAUGGAAAAAGUUGAAAAGCGACUUGCUGCACUGACUCGACGAGCUGGAAAAAUAGACUCUGAGGCAGAAAGAGAGGAAGCUGAA